AUGGUCUCAUGUAUGCACACAAUUAUUUACGGUGUCGAAUACAAAUCCAUCUCUAUCUCUCUCUCUCUCUCAACAAAGAGUUUUGUGACUUCGAUCACUCUUCCUAGUCUCGUUGUCUCUCUGAGUCUUAGGCUCCGUUUGACAAACCCACUCAGGUAACGUCUGGGGAUCUGAGUUGUGAGAAUAAUCAUUAAUCUGAGUUGUGAGAAUGGCUGGUUCUGUCACGAAUGUUCAUGAGCAUGGAGUUUUUGUGGACGAAAAGAAAUCUCGGGUUAAAUGCAAUCACUGUGGGAAAGAAAUGCAAAGCUUUUAUCGUCUCAAGUUUCACUUGGGUGGUGUAGGUACAGAUGUACCUCCCUGUGACCAAGUUUCACUUACUGUUAGAGAUACGUUUCGGACGAUAAUUAUGGAGAGAAAAGCUGGUCAUGGUCAUACUACUAGUGCUAAGAGAGUUGUGAAUUUCCAAACUGGUAAAAUUCAUAAGCGUCAGAAAAGCCAAGACUCGUCAAGCAAGAGUGUUUCUCCUCCUGAUAUACUGACAGGAUUUGUUGACGUAGCUGUGGAAGCUGACAGACAGGAUUUGUUGUUAAACAAAGCCCAAAUGUGCUUUGGUCGGUUCUUUUAUGAACACUGUGUCGACCUUUCAGCUGUGGAUUCCCCAUGUUUCAAAGAAAUGAUGAUGGCAGUUGGUGGUGGUGAGAUGGAGCUAAAGAUCCCUGAUUCUCGUGAUUUAAACGGCUGGAUGCUUCAAGAAGCUUUGAAAGAAGCGCAAGGUUAUGUGAAGAAGAUUAAAGAUUCCUGGGAGAUCACCGGGUGCAGCAUCUUGUUGGAUGCUUGGACUGACCAGAAAGGCCGCGAUCUGGUUACUUUUGUUGCUGACUGUCCAGCGGGUCCAGUCUAUCUGAAGUCCUUUGAUGUUUCGGAUAUUAAAGACAAUGUCACUGCCUUGCUAGCGCUAGUCAAUGGGCUCUUAGAGGAUGUUGGAGUGCGUUACGCCACUCAAAUUAUUGCAUGUUCGACCUCUGGUUGGGUUGGUGAAUUGGGAAAGCUUUUUGCGGGUCACGACAGGGAAGUUUUCUGGUCUGCGAGUCUGUCCCAUUGUUUCGAGCUUAUGCUGGUGAAUAUUAUGAAAAUGCGUUCCUUUGGAGACAUACUUGACAAGGUCAAUAGCAUUUGGGAGUUCACCAACAACAACAAAUUUUGCAGAGAUCACAGUCAUGGAAUAGUCACAACUGUCUCCUCCUCCUCUGAGUUUGAGUUUGUUAAGCCGUAUCUAACUCUAGAGAAUAUUUUCAAGGCAAAGGGAAACUUGGCAGCCAUGUUUGCUUCAUUUGAUUGGAAGAAAGAAGAAGGGGGCGUAGCAAUAUCCAAGUUGGUGAAAGAUUCCUCUUUUUGGGAAAAUGUUGAAAGAGUUGUGAAAUGUACAUCUCCUCUGAUUCAUGGUCUGCUCUUCUUUUCAACUGCUGGCAACCAGCAUGUUGGAUAUAUCUAUGACACUAUGGACGGUAUAAAGGAGAAUAUCGCGAGGGAAUUCAAUAACGAGACACAAUGUUAUGAGGCGUUAUGGUAUGUAAUAGAUGAUGUUUGGAACAAUCGACUUCACAAUCCUCUUCAUGCUACUGGUUACUUUCUGAAUCCGGCUUCUUUCUACUCAACUGAGUUCCAUCUUGAUCCAGAAGUUGCCACCGGUCUUACCCUCUCUCUGGUUCAGGUGGCAAAAGAAGGUCACAGUAAAAUUGCCGCACAGCUUGAUAAGUACAGACUAGGUAAAGAUUGCUUUAACGAGGCCAGUCAAGCUGAUGAGGUGUCUGGAAUAACUCCAAGUUGUGUUCUUUCUAAAUUUCCUUUUGCAGCUGAGUGGUGGGCUCAAACGGCGAGCCAGUAUCCAGAACUGCAGAGUUUUGCAAUUAAAAUUCUGAGCCAGACAUGUGAAGGUGCUUCAAGGUACAAACUGAAGAGAAGCUUAGCAGAGAAGCUGUUGCUCACUGAAGGAAUGAGCCAUUGUGAACGAAAACAUCUGGAAGAGUUGGCGUUUGUUCAUUACAAUCUUCAGCUACAAAGCUGCAAAGCCAAACUUAAGUGAAGAGCGGUGAAGAUAUUGUGAUGCACAUGUUAUAUGGAUUGACCCCUUCACCUUUUGUCUCUGCGCAGAUUCAGUUUGUAAUUUGUAUAUUCAUCAAGGCUCAUCUUUAGAACCAAUACUGGUAAAUCGAGCGGAUUAUUUUGUUUAAUUAUAAGGGGAUUAUUUCUUAUUCUAUAAUGACAUUUGUACUAGACUCCAUGUGCUGAGGAAGCCGUUGUCGUAGUUUCUAAAGAUGAGGUUGCUUGGCAUAGAGAAAGCUGGCAAGAGUCCACAAGUGGUGAAUCAUUUUGUAACGUUCACUUGAUAGAGUCCACAAGUGGUGAAUCA